GCGUAAGCAGAGAGAGAGAGAGCAGGAACUGGUGUGUAUUCCACUGGGCUGCCUGCAGAAAGAGGGUGAAAUAGUAGUACUACGUGUAUGUCAACUGUGUACCGAAGACUGACCCUCUGUCAGAAAUUGUAUCUUUGUCGCGGUUCAAAAAUAGAAGGAAAAGCUCAGUGAAGAGAAAUCUUCUACCUGACCAUUUAGGAUCUGACAAACCGUAAAAGGAAAAUAGAGGCAGGACCUUGCUGUCGAACUGAGUUCCUGGUGGUGUGAUGCACUGAGGAGAUGCCGGACCCCACAGACAGCACCACAGAGGCCCAGCCGCUGAAGGGGGAGGAGGCAGCGCAGGGGUCUCCCCACCCCGGCGGGAAGGAGGACAGCUGCUGGAGCCGCCUGGGGCUGUCUCGCCUGUCCAACUGGCGCACCGCAAGCUUCUUCCUCUCCCUCUUCCUCUGCCUCAUCGUCGUCUUCGCCUUCUCCUUCAUCAUCCCCUGCCCGGUGCGGCCCGUCUACCUGCGCACGUGGAACCACACCUUCCCGCUGGCAGCUACGUAUGACUUCCUGGCUAUCACAGAUGCAAACAGUGACAAAGUCUUGGAUGUACUGUUCGUCAUCAAGGCUCCGGAAGGAAGUCUAAACAUAUCAUGUGUCAAUCAAAGUCUCCCCACUCCCUGUGUGUUCAUGUCGGCGGUGGCGGGGACCAACGGGGAGACGCUGUGGGAGCGGCCGCUGGCCCCGGAGUUCCACUGGGCGCAGUGCGGCCUAGAGGGGCUGGGCACCGUGGGUGCCGGCUGCCUGCUGUCGCACGCCAACCAGCUGACCGCCGUCAACCAUCAGAGCGGAGAGAUCUUAUGGCAGCUGGCACACCCCCCCACCUUCACCAGUAAGCUGCCUGUACUGUCAGUACCAGACCUUGACAACGAUGGUGUGAGUGAUUUGGUUCUCAUUGGACCGGGACAAGCAGAGACUCGGCUGGUGAUUCUGUCAGGGAAGACUGGGGCUCAGAUCGGAUCGGAGGUGGUCGUGGACUCGGACGAGGCCUCCACACACCGCCUGUACACCACAGCCAAAGGCUCCCACUACGUCCUGCUUCAGAAAGACUCUGGGGUGUACGCUAAGGCUCUGUGGAAGAUGGCAGCCCAGGCCAAAGCUGGCAGUGAAAAGAGUCUGAAGAAGGACCAGGGCUGGGAGAAGAAGAGCAGCCCUGAAUCAGGCGAAGUGCUGCUGUACAAAUCUGAUUCAGUGCAGCAUGUGUUGAGGAUAGCCCACGGGAAAAAGACCUCCGACCUGGUGGUGGUGACGCAGGGCAGCGUGGAGGCUGUGAAAGGGGACAGCCUGCAGUCACUGUGGAGAACCAACAUCAGCAGGCUACUGAGUGAGCCUUCCCUGGGGCACUUUAACAAGGACGGGACCCCUGAUGUGGUGAUAGAGGAGGACAUUGGUAACGGCACUAAACGAGUGGUCAUACUGGAUGGGAGCACGGGAGGAGUGCUGUGGGAAGUCAACAUGUGGCCGAGACCCAACACACCCCGGCCGUCUGCAAUCAACACCAUCAGCUCGUUCUCGGUCUUUGUCUUAUGGGGAGAGAUGCCCUCUGAGACCAACUCGUCAAACUCUGCAAGCGAGGAACGUUUCUCUUACAUGCUCAACCCACAAUACCCCAGUGUGCUUCUAGAGAAGAGCAACAUCAUCGACCACAUCAUAGCAUUCAAGGCGACCCUGCUGGAGAGGGGCCGCCACGCCUGCUACAUCAUGCUGAUGGGGCCGCAGGGGGAGGGGCUGCAGGGGACAGUGGUGCUCAGCAAGCGCAAGCUGAAAGAGGACGUCCCGGAGAGCAGGGUCCUCAGGCUGGGGGUGAGCCCAGACGAAGAAUCCGACGCGGAGAUCAAAGAGGCCUUCGACAGGCUGCGCUUCAGCAAGGAAGUUUAAAGCAGAACAAUUACACAUAGCAAUGCUGGCCCUUCACCUUACCCCCCCCCCCCCAAUACUGCCCUCUCACUAAUACCCAUGCACCCUCUUAUCCAUCCUCCUAUUUCUGCCCCCCAGUACUGCCCUCUCACUUAUUCCCCUUCACCUCCUUUACCCAUCCUCCUGAAUCUGCCCCUCCCCUAUCCCCAGUGAUGGUUCCUUGCUUCACACAGGGGGGCUGUAAGAUUCAGCUGCUUGGUAUACCACGUAGCCGAAUGCUCUGAUUCUCACUUUUUCAUGAGGAUUAUUGCAUCAUGUUACUAUAGCGAAAAGCACAAUCAAGCUGCCUUCUACUGUAAAUCCCACUAUUUAUGCUGAACGAUGUGCACAAUCCAAACUUCCUUCCUGUUCAGGCUAAACCCAACUGCUAAGUGCCCGUGUGCAUCUUUCCCUGAACAGAUCCCUCGUUGGUUAAAUGGCCAGAAAAUUCACAGGAAAACCAAAGUCCAAAUGUGAGCCACUUUAUCUGUCCAAACAGACCCCAGGGGUCUGUCUGUAAGGAUUUGCCUCUAGGCAGUGGGCGCUUAUUCUGCUCGAAUGUUACUCAGUUGUUUUUUGACUGAAGUGCUUUAUUUGAUUAAGAUUAAUCAAGAUGCUCCUUCCCUGUCCAGUUGGAUGACAUAGUUAUGACCCAUCAUCAGAAAGAAGCGUUACUGGGCAUUAAGGAACACAUUAAUUGUGUUUGAACUACUCUGAGACUCGUACAAUCCCAUGGUCCUACAUUUCCUGCAGUGUGGGACUAACGCGACUUUAUGCUUUCACAACAUAUAUGUUACAGGAGUUCCAGGUUGUGCCUUUACUUUCCCUGCUAAUGAAAGAAGACAAUGACAUCAGUUGCAUACAAGACACAUUAAUCCAUGUCCUAAAACUAUGCAAAUGAUUCUUUGAAAAUAGCAAACAAAUCUUUGUAAGCCUAUUGAAUGCGCUUGAUAAUGCAAAUGAUACUAGGUAGACUUCCGUGUAAAGUCUAAAUUAAAACAAAAAAGGAAGUAUGAGAAAAAUGAGAUUUGCAAAGGAAAUAGUGUUCUUCCAUAAAAUCAAACCCAGAGGGAUUUGUGUUGUAUUUAUGAACCUGUGUGAGAUGCUGAGUAUAUGCACUUCAGAUUUUUACACAUUUAGUGUGGAGAUCAUCUUCACGUCUUGAACUGAAGCAUUCAGACCCUGGUUUCUGCGCAGGUCAUAGAUGGAAGUUUUUUGGUGUAAAAUGGCUUCUAAAAUGUGCUGGAGUGUGCCAUAUAAACUGGGGGUGAAAACUAUGGAGGCAAGUGGGCUCAGACAAAGUUCUGACUAAUAAUCCAUACAUUUAUAUUUAAUGUAAGGAGAGACUUUGGUUUGGAACUAUCUGCUUGAACUAGUAUGGGUUUGGGAAAUUAUGUUUAUUUCACAUUUGGGCCUGUAGAACAGGCUUCCUGGGAAUAUGGCUUUCUUUUUGUCUGAAGUUGUGGGGUGUUUAUAUUUUGUGAGUGCUGUAAUAUAUUGGGUAAUGUGUUAAUAAACACAUCUCUCGGUUCUAACUUGGAA